AUGGCUUCUUUAUGGUACUGCUGUGGCUGCAACUUCGGCCCUCACAACUCCUCUCUCUACGACUCCUGCAUUCAGUGUGGAGUUCGCCGCUGUGCUCGCUGCACUGAAGAGAAGAUCUCAGACAGCAUCAACAUGGACUUGAACAUGUCCUCCCACUCGCACUCCCACUCCCACUCGCACAGCUGCGACAUCACAUCACCAUACCCAGCCGCCGUACACAUGGACUCUCCUCACACAGGAACCAUCAACACCAGGGCUAUUCUCCCUCAAGUACCAGAACUACCUGGUGUCCGGCCGUUACUCCGCGCAGAGGACAGAGACAUGUCGUCGUCUUCACUAGCGGGUGCACGAGUCCACGGUGCAACGUACAUGUACAUCUGUUGCAACUGCGGUGAUGGACCUAAGAUCUACAACGUUCAGCCCAAAUGCAUUGAAUGCGACCACGUUGCUUGCUCGAGCUGCACCAAUGUCAAGUGA